AACUGCCCCUCCUCCAGCUUCUUCAUACACACAACCGCAGUAUGGUGGAUAUUCUGCACCACCUCCUCAGAGUUAUUCUCAAAGCCAGGCUCCUUAUGCAGCACCACCCUCCUAUGGUGCUCCCCCUCCACAGAGUGGCCAUGGGAGCUCAUACAGUGGAUAUGGGAUGCAGCAGCAGACACAGCCGCCAGUUCAGCCUGCAGCAGGCAGUGGAGGAUACAGCAGUUAUGGUGGACAGUCACAAGGGUAUGAACAGAAUAGUAACUACCAGUCUGGAAGCUAUGGUCAACCACCAGCCAACACCUAUGGUGGACAAGCCAGUACCUAUGGUAGUCAGCCCAGUGCUAGCUACUCAGCCCUUCAGCCCCAAGGAAACUAUGGAGGCCCUCCUCCACAGGGGAACUAUGGGGGUCCGCCAUCAGGGGGAAGUUAUGGGGGACCCCAGGGCCCUAACUACGGUGCACCACCACCACCAUCAAAUGGAAAUUAUGGUGGCCAAGGUGGCGGAUUUAACAGUGGUCUAGGCAUGGCUCCUCCCCCCCAGUCUGCCCCUCCAGGCUUUGGUGGCAUGCACGGGCAUCCCAAGAACCAGCCGUCAGCCCCCACUCAUAGGCAGGAUCAAGGGAGAGGUUAUAACAAAGAAGAUGGCAGUGGGAGCUACGGGGGGAGCCGGUUUGAUGGUGACAGCCGUGGUGGUGGCGGCGGUGGUGGUGAUCGCUUUCGUGGUGACUCAGCGGAUUUGGUGAUGCAAGAGGACACCAUAUUUGUCUCAGGCAUGCCUCCAACUGCAACAGAAGAUGAAAUAAAGGACCAUUUUGGCUCUAUUGGAAUAAUUAAGAUGGACAAGAGAACACAGAGACCAAAGAUUUGGAUGUACAAGGACAAAGCUACAGGACGUAUGAAGGGAGAGUGCACAGUCACAUUUGAUGAUCCCUUCACUGCUAAAUCUGCCAUACAGUGGUUUGAUGGAAAACUCUUCAUGGGACGCACAGUCAAGGUUCAAAUGGCUGAGAGACCAAAGAGCAGUUAUGAACGUGGACGCGGUGGCUUUGGUGGUGAAAGUGGAGAUAGGGGUGGUAGCGGUGGCAGAGGACGUGGAGGGGGUGGUGGUGGUGGUGGUGACAGAGGCUUUGAACGUCGUGGUGGUCCUCCAGGCCGUGGUGGUGGAGGAGGCGACCGUGAUAGCCGUGAUGGCCCUCCUAGUGGUGGCCGGGGACGUGCAGGUGAUUGGAGAUGCCCUGUACCAAGUUGUGGCAAUAAUAAUUUCGCCUGGCGUAAUAGCUGUAAUCGGUGUAAUGAGCCAAAGCCUGCUGGAUUAGGUGGUGAUGAUGAUGGAGGCAGUGGCGGUGGUGGCGGUGGGUUUAGAGGUGGAUUCAGGGGGCGAGGAGAUCGUGGAGGUUUUAGAGGUCGUGGUGGUGAUAGAGGUGGACGAGGUGGUUUCAGAGGCCGUGGUGGCUAUGGAGAUCGUGAUGGUGAUAGGGAUUCUGGCGGCCCUAUGAAGGGUGACCGUGGCCCUGGAAGGUCUCGACCUUAUUAACGUUCAGUGGAGAAGGUGCUUAUGGAUGACGUAUGGGAGAUACUCAUUAUUCUUCAAGACGUUUUUAUAAAUACAAUUAAAAGCAGAUGCUGUGGAACAAUUUUGUGAAGUAAUUUUUGAGACAUUAGGAUGUGAAUAAGGUUAAUUUAUAUCAUUUAAAUACAAGUGUCUGCAGAUGAAAGUGUAGUUAACAUCCUAACUAUUUAGGUACAGUAUAUUGUUCUGAGGUGUGGAUAGGAAACCAUAUUGAAAUAAAUUCUAGAGCAUACAUUUUAUAGUUUUUUUUUUUAUUUUAUUUUUUAUGAUGAAUUUUCUUUGUAUCAAUAAAGUUCAAAUUAA